UUCUCGAGUAGUAUCAUAGAAAGCAUUACAGAGUAAGCAACCGGAUACCCGACAGAAAAGAAAAAAAAAACAGCAACGUCUCUUUAUGACACAAAGAAGUGUGUAUCACUGAACAUGUAUGGAAAUAAUUUAAUCCAUGUUCUUCGUUAACAAUGGGAUGUACUCACAAGGAUACAGAUACAUAAAGAAAUUGUGUUUUAACUGUGCACGAUGUUGUUUGGAGACGCAUCCACCUGGUCAAAAAUUGGUCUACUGGUGGUCACACUUGCGCUUGCCCUGUAUAUAGCCGGGUAUGCGACUGGCUCAUGGAUGGUGGAGAGGACAAUUCGUGAAAAGGUGGACGUAUCAGUUGGAUUGUGGAAAAUGACCAACUGCUCAGACACCUGCCUUGAAAGUGACGUUCCCGCUCAAUACGCAACAGGAAACUUCAACACUGUAAAAAUUCUAGCGUCUAUUACAAUUGGAGUUCUGCCCAUCACCUUUCUCCUGUAUUUAAUGUACGUGGCCACGAAGAACGUCCGAAAGAGAGGAGUUGCUUUGACAAUAAUUACACUAUGUUUUGUUGGAGCUAUAAUAUCAUUGAUCAUGAUGAUUAUAUGGUUCGUCCAGUUGCCUAGCAACUUCUUCGUCUCUUGGUCUUUCGGAUUGGCCGUAUUCGCAGGAUUGCUUCUCUUAGUUGUUGCAGCUUUUCUGCUGAUGCAUGACAUGAAAAACUUUAAAGACAAAUCUUUAGAGCCUGACAAAAAGAACAGAGUCACUCCGCCACCGGUUCCAGUUCGAGUUAUGGACACUCCGUCAGUACCACCGUUUACACCGGAUUGGGACAGACGGACAGUCACACCUACCCCUCCCCCUAGACGAUCUCGUUCGCCUAUCCGGUCGGUAGUGUCUCCCUCGGCGGUACGUGUGACGUCACGCUCCGUCAUGUCUGUCAAUACGUCAGUUUCAUCUACGAGACGCUACGGCACGCCUAAAUAUGCAUCUCGCUAUGAUCACAGAGCUAGAUGAGCACCCGGUACAUUUGAUAGUUAUUUAUUUAGACUCUUAUGAAGAUGUGUUUUUAUUUCUACACACACCAGACUGUUUGAAUAGCAAAGACUCCCAAAGUCAUUCUACUUCCAAUCAGAUGUACUGGUCAAUGCACAUAAUAAUAUUUUCUACACAGCUUUUGGAACUCUUCAGUCGUGGAAUUUCGACAUUAAUCCUUUCACCACUGUAGACCAUAAUGGACUCAUCCAGAUCAAUGUAUGGUAGAGUCUAGAAAAGUUACAUAGGGGUGAAAGGGUUCAUGGAUAAAAUGCCGUGUGUAGUAGUGAAAUGGUUACCUUUGUUUGAUCUCAAAAUUUCUAUGGGACUUCCUUACUGCGUAUUUUAGUGAUUAUUUGAAAGAUAUCACGAAAGACCAAAAAGGUCAUGAUGGCAACGCUCCUGUUGAUUACGUUUCUGGAAACAAGAACAAUGACGAUCUACAUGAUAGCCGACAAGCUUGGAACUUAUUCUGCAAAACGGAAAUGUGUUGCUCUUUUCCCUUUUAAUACCAGUUACUUUUAAAAUGCAUAAGGGCAAACAUUCGGUGGAGCAGCAACAGUACAAUUUACAAGUGUUGUUUGUUAUAUCCAUCAACACCAAAGCAAACCAGAAUAAUAUUUCGUAAGGGUUUGACAUGUAGGGCUAGCGUUUCUACCAUCUACAGAAUCUGGCAUUUGACUAUGUAAUUUCAACGAACACCUUAUAGUCUUCAUUACCUGCUAUUUUGAUAUGCAUUAGUUCUUUCCAAACCCCUAAAUAUGUUUAAUAAACGUUGUUUGGAUGCCAUUGAUAAUCAUAAAGCAAGUUUACGGUGAAUAUGUAGAAUUUGACACCUACAGACCUACUUAAGUGGCUAGAGGAUAGACUCUUAGCGUGAAGUAUGGCUUUCUAUACCCCCCAAAAAAUGAUAUUUGAUAUUCAAAAGACCAAAUACUUAUCAAUCAUCAAAUUCAGACUUCAGAUAGAAAUUUAAUCACCACAAUGAAAUAGUCAUUGAAGGAAAAAUCGUUAAAUGAUUAAAUGAUAAAACCUUUAUUAUAUAUAUUUAUUUGAAACUGUGUAUAUGAAAAUAUUAUAAAACACCAUACUGUGUGUGUUACGAACAUCUCUCAUGCGAUCAAUCAUGCUACGUAGUUAAACUUGUAGUCGAACCAGUCGUGACUACCUCCAUUGAGAGACCACCUGUGUCAAGCGGCUCUCAAUGUUCUCCAUUAUAGUUAUUUCCUAAGUGAAUUGAACCUGUAUUAAGAGACCACCUGCAUUAAGAGACAACGUUCUGACAUUCCCUGGGGUGACUACUUCCAGUGAGAGACCAGCUGUGUCAAGCAGUUUUCAGUAUUCUCAGUUAUAGCAAUUCCUCUGUGAAUUGAACCUGUAUUAAGAGACCACCUGCAUUAAGAGACCACCUUCUGAAAUUCCCUUGGAUUACUUCUCUCAAUGAGAGACCACCUGUUAUAUGAGCCUUCCAAUGGUCUAUAUGAAAGUAUUCAUGGUAAAUAGAGCCUGUACCAAGAGACUUGUAUCUGGGAUUAUCUAGGGGGAUCUUUUAAUAACACGCUUGACUGUACUUGUGUACUUCCAUCUAUUAUUGAAUUAACGUUUUAUGGUUUGGCCAUGAGAUGGGUACCAUUUUAUUAUCAUUAUACAUACAUGAAUUAAACAUGUAGAAUGAUGAUUAAAAAAUAUACAAUACAAUAGUCUAGAAUUAUGUUUUUUAUACAUGAUAUAGUGUAAUGGUAAGGGCAGAGCACAUGGUCUGACAAACAUAUC